AUGCCUAACAUUUACCCAGCGAUUGCGCGAACGGUUGGUUGGGUAGAAACCACUAGAGACAUGGCAAGUGGGGAUGCAGCCGUAUAUGUGGUAAAGAUCUACUGUAUUUCCUGGUCGAGAAGGAGCCAAUAUCAGUCAAAGGUGACUGCUAGUGUUGUUACUACCACCAAACUUAAGACCGGCUCUCUCGAUAAAGAGAUGGCUUUUAGUUUAAAGAUGCUUAAUGAGGCUAGUGUCCAAUGA